AUGGCAACACUAUGCUUACUGUGUGGGAAAAAUUACAAAGACCCCAGAGUACUGCCUUGCUUGCAUUCUUUCUGUUUGCAGUGCAUAUCUGGUCUUUUUGAUACUGAAAAAAGCGACCAAUUAACGCCGCCUCUGUUUUGCCCAGCAUGCAACUACAAACUCAACAUUACACGAAAUGAAGUCCAAAAAUUACCAGAGAAUUUUGGAGUUACAAAUCUUCAACCAAUUUUGAAACUGCUCCCCAAUGGCGCCCAAAAUAAGUCAAAGAARCUGGAAUGCGAGAACUGUCAAGCGAAGAAAACUAUUGCAGUUAGCCGAUGCAACGACUGCUGUGUUUUUAUGUGUAGUUCUUGUGCUGAAGCACACAAAAGAAUCCAAGCUUUGCAGUCACAUUCUGUCAUUGCGAUCGAAGCCAUCAAGAGUGCAGACCCAAGAGAUCUUGCAAAGCAACUUUUCUGUCAAACACACGAAGACGAGCCUUUGAAGCUAUUCUGUGAAACCUGUAGCAUCCCUGUUUGCCGUGAAUGCACAGGUUUCGACCACAAAGACCAUAAUUACUGUAAAAUUGACCAAGUCAUCACCAAAGAGAAGAGAGAUAUUGCAUUUUCUAUCAACGACGCAAGUUUUAAGAUACCUGUGUUAGAAAAAACAUUGUUUGCUGUCAAAAACAUGCAGAUCAGAGUGAAGAAGAAAUCUAUAAGUGUGGAAAAAGAUGUCGAUGCAUUCAUUGACACUCAGAUAAGAAUUCUUCAGCAAAUACGUUCAGAGUUGAAAACCGGAGUCGGUACGGUUACAAAAGCAAAGCUYCACAAACUCAAAUACCAAGAGGAUCACCUCUCACAACAUCUAGAGAAUCUCCAAACUGGAGUCCAAUUCGCUAGGCAGUGCGUAUCCAAUGGAAGUGACUGCGAAGUUUUGACUGUAAAGAAGCAAAUUGUAGCACGUCUAACAGCCCUGUCAAACAAGCCAUUUGACUCUGACCCGUGUCAAGACGAUGUGUUGGCUUUAAGAGUAAAUACAAAGAAAACAGUACGGGAYAUGAUACCAGAGCUUGCAUGGAUUGAUAGCAGCACUGCCAUGGCCUCCUUGUGUUCACUGCAGGUURUAGGCGGCGAGCCUAACAUGGUUUACACCACCUUCUGUAACCAGGGGUGUGAGUUUGUCAUCACACUUCGCAAUCACUUUGGACAACGCCUUAGGCAUGGUGACAGCAGCGUWCAUGCUGCCAUCACAGAGUGUCCAGCUGCUCAAGAAGAGGUCUGGGGAACCAACAUGAAAUUCCUGGAAAUCAUUGACAACGAYGAUGGAACAUAUAACAUGGCAUAUGUACCUUUUUACUCUGGUAAAUAUAAAAUCUCUGUUGCUGUUGAUAGGUGCCAUAUUAAGGGCAGUCCCUUUUGUUGGUAUGUAAGUCAGAAAUUAGAGAGAAUUAGUAUGCAUAAGCUUGACUUAUUAACCAAUGGAAACGACAUGAUCCAAGGCAGUUCUACAACACUUGAUGAAGUUGUCAUAGAUGGCUGGUACUGCUUCUCUUGGAGRGUCAAAUUUCGCACUCGAGAACCRUCAUCAUCUCCUUUAAUUGCAUCUGCAACAACUGCAGGUCCAAUCUGCAGAUGCUCUUCUCGCUCUAGCUCAAAAUCCUUGCCAUUAUCUCUUUYUUCUAAGUCAUCAUUCUUCUCUGGGUGUAAAAUUGGYGUAAGAAAAGCUGAAGCAAGUGGAUCAAGUAGUGAAACAACAAUUGCAUCUAGCUGUGAGAACUCUCCAUCUAGUACUGGUUCCCUGGGCGAUGACACUUGKAAGGAKGUUAAUGAAGGAAUAUGGUUCUGGUGCGAUGGGUUUUGUUACAGUCCAUCAGAUCCAACAGGUUCACCCAGCAAUAUCACCUCUUAUGAAGACGGUGACAUCUUUGUCUUGUUUCUCAACCCAAUCAAGAAAACAUUGAUUAUCUAUAACAGAGAAAGUGCUCAAARGGACUUUUUUGAGGGACUGGAGUUUCCAGUUCGCCCUCUCUUAAAAGGUUAAUAUAAUAUUGWCAAUUAUAAUUUUUGAAAGCCCUAUUUUAAAUUCAUCAAUGCAAAUAAGAGAUUGCAAUCACUAAUAUAGUACUCAUUUUAGCCCACUCCUGUAUUGUUAAA